AUGAUCUUGGAACGUUGCAACAAGGACUGUGAUGCAGACACUGUGCAAUAUGUGUUGGACAACAUGCCGCCACACUUCAACCAGGCGCACCAUUUUGUCAAUGCCAUAUCCAGUGGAAUCUCUGGUAGUUUGCAGCAAGGACACGUUCAACAUCUUCAGGCACUCCUGCACACACCAACCGGUAUCAAAUAUCUUAAGAGCAAAAGUGGAGGCGGAUUGCCCAAGAACCUUGAGAGAAACAUCAUCGAGCAUCUUCUCAGCAACGAGUAUGCCAACACAAUCUCAUCAUUUAAGCAGUCACUGCUCAAUGAAAUGAUGGCGGUGGAACUCGCGUCUACUCUGAAUUAUACACCACUCGUACCGUUCCAUCGCGCGUUGGAGAUGAAUGAUGAUACUCUUGUCGUGGCCAUUCUGGACAGCAAUGUAGAUGCAUUUGGAAUGGAAUCAAAUGUGUGGGAAUCACAAAGUCUGAAGCAGUGGUCCUUUUUUGCCAGGUUGCAACCAAACUUCCAACAUCCAAUCAACCCUGAAACGCUCAAUGAUCUCAUCAUUGCGACAUGCGGAGGCCAUCUGUCACCAGAUCUAGCCGUCACAUACCUACGCAGCUCAACCAUUAACCAAGACGACGAGUUUGAACAAGAUGAUGAGAUUGCAUCAUCUAUGAUGAACAAGUCUGCAGCCGUCUCCUUAUCACUCAUGCAGGCAGUCCACGACCUGACCAAUAUGCCCUACACCUACAAGUGUCUAUACAGGGCAAUCAAGUACAAGUGUGAAGAUUCAAUGACCUACCUCCUCGAACUACACCAACAACGACAACUACACAAUGGUGAUUAUGAUGACCAGAGGGCACACCGCGCAAUGGGGCACAUGGUUGAGCAUAGCAACCCGACAAUCGACACCAUCGAGUUGGUGAGACGAUAUAUUCCAGAUCUGGUGAGCCAGCCUCAAUUGUGUGUCGAUGCUGUUGACAACUUUGAAGUGUUCAAGCACCUAUUGUCCAUGCACUCAAUCGAAGCUUUGGAUCAGGUUGUGGCAGAGAUCAUUUCAAAUGCAUGCCAAUCCGAUCGUCCAGAAGUGAUUGAGUUGCUGCAGCAAUAUUUCAAAGACAAACCAUUGCCAUUAUCAUCAUCAUAUGAGUCAUUGAUGACAGCGACCCUAAGCAACUCACACCACAUCUUGGAGCACUACUUUGUCACACACCGAUCAUUGCUCAAUGCCAUGCCCCGGCUCCAAUACCAUCGAACAAUCCUCUCCAUUCUCAAGAUGUCCUAUGAGCGUGGAUUCACUCGCAUCAUCCUGAUGUGCAACCCAUUGUUGGAGGACAUUCGAUCAAACAAGAAGAGGUACAUAUCGAUUCGAUCGAAGCCAAUCGAGCUAAACUAA